AUGGAGGACCCGCCGGGGCUGUCUACCUUCGAGGGCCUUCUUCACUCAACGCCAGCCCUGCUCACCACACUGCCGGAGGACGCGCAGUACAACGUGGCGGCGACGUCCUGGAGCGCGCUGGCGGCCGCGCUGCGAUACGCGCCGAUCCAGCUCAACGUCGGCCGCGAACCCGGAGGGCUCCUGCAAGGCAUCGCCUUGCGCAUCGAGCGCGAGGAGAGGGCACAGGGGACGCUGCGCGUGACGCUGGACGCGGAGCGCCGUCGCCUGACUGUGGGUGUGCCGGCGGACCAGGCGAGCGUGCUCGACGCGGUGCUCCGCGAGUGCCUGCCACAGCAGGACGACCUGCUGGGUGCGGCGGAGGCGCUAGAGGUGAUGUUGCGGGCGUCGGAGCAGCGCGGGGCGCCGCUGCGGCUGCGCGUCGUGGACUGCGGCGGCGACUGGCAGCAGGACCAGCGCGGCGUGCGGGAGACGCUCCAGGCGGUGCUGGACCGCCCGGCGGUGCGGGGGCACCUGCAGGAGCUGCGCGUGCAACAACACCUCCACGGAGACAUGCUGCUCGGCGCUGCCGCGGGCUGGGUGUCGGCGCUCAAGUGCCUCAGGGUGCUGCGUCUGUGUGCGCCGGACAUGUCGCAUGAGAGCGUGCAGGCGCUGGCGGCGGCGCUGCGGGGCGACGGGGUGGUGCUCGAGGAGCUGGACGUGUCGGACUCCGAGGGGGGCCUGCCGUUGCCGGCGCUGUGCGAGGCCGUCGCGCACAGCACGACGAUCGAGUCGCUCAGGCUCGACGGUUAUACCGCGGGGGAGUAUGAGGACAGCGAGGACGAAGACGCGUACUACGAGACGGUGGAGGCGCCGCUGCGGGGCCUCCUGGGCCAGGGCGCGGCGCUGCGGAAGCUCGGUCUCCGCGACGAGGACAACGCUGCCAAGCACAGCAGAAACGAGGACGGCGUUUACUUAUACGAGGACGACGACUGCGAAGUCAUGGGCUGGGAGAGCGAGCCCGAAGUGGACGACUUCGACAUUGCGCGGCGGUACAGGAGGGUUCUGUCGGCGCUCGGCGCCGGGCUGGCUACGACGACGUCGCUGUCGGAGCUCACGCUCGCCUUCUCGUCCAGCAAAGUGCUUCUGCCGUCGGACGUGGAGGCGUUCUGCGACGGGCUGGCGCAGAACUCGACGUUGCGGGUCCUGGACCUGAAGGAGGUCGUGCCGUUCCCCGCGAACGGGAUCGGCAAGCUGGCAACUGCGCUGCGGAGCUGCAGGGUGGAGCGGCUGCGGAUGGUGGUGGACGUGCUGGACGAGCCGUUCGGGGCGAUCGGCGACGCGCUGAUGGACGCGUCGAGCAUCAGGGAGCUCGACUUGAUCCAAGCAGAUCGGAGCCCAUACAAGCCUGUCGAUCUCGAGACGAACGGGAUGCGCAAGCUCGCACAGGCGAUCCGCGAGGGGGCGCUGGGGCGCACGCUGGAGACGCUGAAGCUGGCGUACGCGAAGGUUCCGGCCGAGUGCACCGAGGCUCUCUGCGACGGCCUCGCGAGCAGCACAGCUCUGCGCAGCGUGGACAUCCGCUACGAGAAGACGGGCGGUGGGCGCGACGGCGACGCGCUGGGUGCGUUCGGGAAGGUGCUCGGCGCGAGUCGGUCGCUGCGGAGGCUCAGGCUGGCCACCUGGUUCACACAAGGGGCCGUUGCGGAGAUCGCGAAAGGACUCAGGGAGAACACCGUGUUGCAGCACCUGGAGCUGCACUGCGAGGGCGUGUGGUCCAUGGGCGCGGUGCCUCUCGCGGACGCGCUCGGGGCGCACUCCGCCCUGCGCUGUCUGCGCCUCACGGAGCCCUUCUUUUACGCCAUGUUCGCACCGGAACAGCGCGAGGAGACAACGCAGGAGGUCGCGGCUAUGGCGAAGGCGCUCGCGGGCGCGCUCGAUCGUGGCGCGCCGCUGGAGGUCCUGGACAUCAUGACGUCCAGGGUCUACUUCGGCGCGGACGUCCUCAAGGAGCUGCUCGCGGCGGCGAUGCGAAGCAGCUGCCCGGCCGUGUUUGAUGUCAGCGUGACGGCGGACGGACGAGACGGAGAUGCGCUGGCGGCGUGGCUCGAGGAGCAGUGGUGCGGGGCCGAUGCAGAGAGCGUGGAGCGGAGAAAGGUGCGCUUCAAGCCCCGGCUGCUGCAGCAGGUAUUUAUCUAUUAG